UGUCACUUACUGUUUAAAUAUGGCUAGUAACAGUUCCACUGUAGUCAAAAUGAACAGAGCUACUGUAGACGAACUAGUCAGGUUGUUCCUGUCCCCAAUUGAAACAGACAAGAAGUCUGACCUAAUGGAAUUAGCCAAUCAGUUGGAACAAGCUCACUGGCAUUAUCUCGACCUUCUUAGACCAGAGGAUCCUUCCCUUCCUGCCUGCUCUUUCAAAGAAUUUGUAUCUACAAUAUUACAUUACUGUCCUCAUCUAACAAGAACUGAUCCACUGGCACUGGCCGACCAGUGGAAGGUGUACAAACACAGCAGACCUGUUAGGGGAGCCAUACUACUCAAUGAUAAUAUGAAGAAAUGUGUGCUAGUCCAGGGUUACCCAGCCUCCACCUCCUGGGGGUUUCCCAAAGGAAAGAAAGAAACUAACGAAACCGACCUUGACGCUGCCGUUAGAGAGGUAUAUGAAGAGGUCGGUCUUGAUAUAAAAGACGUCAUAAAACCCGACCAGUACCUGCAGGUGAAGCACAAGGAUAUGGACUCCAGAAUGUACAUCAUCACCAAUGUAUCUGAAGAUACUGUCUUCCAACCUGUGGCUAGGAAGGAAAUAAGAAGGAUCCAAUGGUUCAACUUGAAAGAGCUUCCAUCGCAUAAAAAUGAUGAAACGUCCAAAAAUCAUUUAAAACUAAGCGCCAACAAAUUUUAUGUGGUAAUACCAUAUAUAGGGCCAUUACGUCAAUGGAUUCAUAAAUAUAAAAAGAAUUCUCAUACUAAGCACAACUCCUCGUUAUUAUCAGUAGGUUCCACCCCUCCAAGCUCCACCCCUUUAUCCAGACACACCCACCUACUCACUGUAAGCUCCUCCCAUCCCAAACCGCUAACCCCUCACUCUAAACGUGUUACAUCUCCGAUAUUAUACUCAUCACCUUACGGCAUUAACCACACCCCCUCUAGUUUCGACCACGCCUCCUUUCAUUCAUAUUCAUUAUCAACCACGCCCACAAUCAGUUCCGCCCAUAAUUCAUCUAUUAAUCAUUAUACUCCUCGCUCCACUGGGUCUUUUAGUGUUCCAAUAAUGUUGGACUCCGCCUACCAACCAUCCCCACCAUUAUUAUACACUAGACCACUUCAAAGGUUUUUCAGUCCCGAUCGGAGCCCAACUCUGCCCACUGCCGUUAAGAACUUGUUUAACGUUAAGCUCAUUAAACCAGCUGUAUCACUGAUAAACUUCAAAUUUGAUACUGAGGAGGUACUGAAGGCAUUUAAUGGUUCAUAAACAAAUAGAUAAACACUCACUUUGUUUACUCAUUUAUUCUUUGUUUUUUAAUAUUUUUAUUUUUUCAUUUUAUUAUCAUUUUUAAUUGUAAUGUUUUAUCAAUUCUGGUAAA